AAAUCCCGCCGGUUUAAGACGAAGCGAGAGGGGACGGACUACGGCAACCGUCCCAUCAAACUGGCGGGGAAAGUCAUCAUCCAGGAGAUCUCCUGUCUGCUGCCCGUCCACAAGGCUCUGGGGGAGAUCUACAUACUGAACGUGAACGACAUCCAGGAAACAUGCAAGAAGAACGCAGCAGCGGCGCUCACAGUCGGACGCAGAGAUGUGGCGAAGGUGUGGGCCCUGGCGUCUGCAGCGACCGAUCAGGACCUGAGUCCAGACUCAGACCCGGACACAGAGACCCCCUGGGCCAGACACCCGUUUGGACGGCAACUGCUGGAGACUCUUCUGGAUCACUACAGUCAGAUGAGCGACGUGCAGACUCUGGCCAUGUUGUGCAGCGUGUUCAGAGCUCAGCCUCCUGCAGACUGUUACUCUCUGUACGGACAGCAGGCGUCACGCUCCUCCAUCUUCCCCCCGCACCACUCGCGAUACCCCAGUUACACGUCCAGCUCCGUCACCUCGGGCUCGUGCUCCAGCACCUCGGACUCCAUCACCACGACCACCUGGAACGCAGGUAGAGAUUCUGAGCACGCCAACCCCUGGGGUGAACCCUCCCCUGAUGACUAUCGCUAUGGUAACCAGGGUUACACAGACCCACGGGAACGAGAGCGAGAGCAGCACGACAUGAACAAGAGACUGCUGGACCCCGCCAACACGCUGCAGUUUGACGACUUCAAGAAGUGUUACGGAGAAAUCUUGUACCGCUGGGGUCUGAGGGAGAAAAGGGCCGACGUGCUGAAGUUCGCCUCCUGCCCUCCUGAACCCCACAAAGGCAUCGAGUUCGGCGUGUACUGCUGUCACUGCCGCACUCAGGCUCGUGGGACGCAGUGUGCCGUCUGUAAGCGUCUGACCUUCCAGUGCGCCAUCUGCCACGUGGCCGUCCGCGGCUCCUCCAACUUCUGCCUCAGCUGUGGUCACGGCGGACACACCAGCCACAUGAUGGACUGGUUCCGCCGGCAGGACGAGUGUCCGGCCGGCUGCGGCUGCCACUGUCUGCUGCAGAGCGUCUUCUGAUGAUCCAACACAGACGCUCUUCUAAAAGACGGCGAUGAGCACGUCUUCUGUCCGACACAACCUGCUGCUCGGACUGAUGGACAUUCACGGUCCCCAGAGGACAAACCCUGCGGACCUUUCCUCAGGACAAACUUUCCACAUGGACACUAGAAAUACCAAAACCUGAUGGAUAGAUGGUCGUGAGGUUCAUGCUCCCAGGAGGACCUUUAAGUCUAUAAAAAUGACGAUCACAUUUAA